AUGUUGCCCCGGCCCAUGUACAUCAUCCCCAGCCGGCCCUUGGAGCCUCGCAUGACUACGAUGCUCCAGGAACCGGCUCCGACCAGUCCUCGGGGUGCAACGGCCCGAGAUGGCGGAUCCUUGAUUCAUUGGGUGGAAAGAUCCGGUCUACAUUGA